UUAGUUGACGAUGAAAAAUAAUACAAGUAUGUCAUUUUAAUUUAUACGUGAUAUGAAGUUUAAAAUUAUAAACUAUUUAAUAUUAAUUUAUUUAAUAUUAUUUUUAAGUAUUAAUAAUUGUCAAUCACGUAUUCCAAGUUAUCUUGAAGAAUGUUACGAGAAAGAAUUUAUUCAAGGACCACAACUUCCCAUGAAUCUUAUGGUGUUAAUUGAUAUUAUAAGAAAAGCUGAAAAAUCAUGUGAAACAACAAUGGAUUUAAGAUUAUUUUCUUCAUCAUUAUUACACAGAUUUAAAUUUGAUGGAAUUGAAAAACAUUCUGAUAUUAAAUUUGAUAAUGGAAUAUUGCCAUUUAGUGGUACGGGUUAUCAACGUAUGAAAAAUAGUAUUAUUCAUGAUCUUGUACCUGGAAAUUAUAAAAAUUUUCCAGAUAAAAAUUUAACAAUUUAUGAACGUUGUGCAUUACAUCGUGCAAUAUCAAAUACAAUUUUAGAUACUGAAAAUCCAGAAAAUGAUAAAUUUUGUAUGGAAAGACCAACUGAAAAAAUAUCAGAAACAUUAAUGUCAAAAAAUAUGAGAAAGUGUCCACUGGAGCAAGGUGUUAUUUUAACACCUUAUGGUACUUUAUCACCUGGUGCAAUUAUUUCAGCAAUAGCAGCAGCUCUUCAGCCACAAAAAGUUGCUGUUAAAUUACUUUUGGAUCAGUCAAAUGAAUUUGCAUUAAAUCAAGAUGAUGUUGACAUUAUUUUUCCAGAUAAUAAAAUGAUUGGUGAUAAAUCAAUGUGGUUGAAAUCAAUUUUAUCAUCUUCAUUGGAAAUUGAUAAUACCUGGGCAGCAACAAUUGCUGGUGAUUUGGCAGAAAUGGCAAUAUAUCAGGGUCCAUUACAUAGCACAAAAAUGAUGCUUGGUGGUACUGGUUUUUGGAAUAAUACCAUGAGACCACAAGUAUUUUAUUUACUUGGUAAAGAUGGUACAUUUGAUGCAACAAGAUCUGAACUUAUUGGAGAUAUUGAUGGAUUUAUAAUUGCUAAAAAUUUACAAUAUUGGAAAACACAAUAUAGUAAUUUAAGAUUAAGUCAAAUUUUAGAUUUAUAUUAUUCAACAAAAGGUAGUGUUUUUCAUUCAGAUGUGCGAGCAUGUACAAGAGGUAGAGCAUUUUGGUUUGUUGCCUUGAGAACAGUUCUUGAAGAACAAGUUUUUGCAUUUGCUCAAGUAUUGGCUUAUCGUCGUUCAAUUGCACACAUGACAAAUCAAGUAUUAAAAAAUUUAGUUACACAAGUUGUUGAUAAAUUUACAGAUUAUACAAAUAAUCAUUUAUUUCCUGAGCUUUUUUGUAUCAAUGAAAAAAAUCAUCCAAGGGUUGAAGUUCUAGUGGCUUUUGAUGGAGCUUGGAGUGUAGAAUAUACUUCAGAUUUUAUUGCGGUACUUUUAGAAGACUUGGAUGUAUCUGUAUUUGGCUCAAAGAUUGGUUUAAUAAAUGGUGAAAAUGGUAGAUGGUUAUUAAAUGUUACAAACAGUCCAGCAAUUGUUCAUACAGCAUUUUACAAUUUAAGCUCAAACUCUUGGCCAAGUAAAAUAAAUUUAUCUGCAAUUUUUAAUCAAGUUGAUAAUUAUUUUACUGACAAAUGGAUCAAAACAAAUCAACAACUCAAUAGUUUUGGUAAUUUAGGACAAGUUAUUCUUAUUCUUGCACCAACAAUUAAAAUGACAACUCAAGAAAAACAAUUAGCUGUAUCGACAAUGAGUAAUCUUCGUAAAAAUCAUCCUGAUAUUAAUAUUAUGUAUUACACAACAGAAGAAAAUUCAAAAAAUCUUGAUGGCCUGUUACUCGACGAGAGAGAUUAUUUAAUAUUUACAUCUAGAAUUGAUGAAAUUGUAAGAUUUCUUUUGACAAUUCCUCGUAGUAUUAGACCUGGUAAAUGCAGUCAAUAUCCUUAUCGUGAAACCGUCAAUCAAAUGGAAGAGUAUGUUCAACCAUAUGAAACAAUUAUUUAUCGUUUAGAUCAAAUGUGGAAAAUAAAUACAAAAGAAAUAGCAUUAAAUUUUUCUGUUGUCGGGUAUGGAACAAUUGAAGUUUGCACAUGGAAUCAAAAAAGAUACGAUGGUCGACAAGAAAAAUUAUAUUGUCGUGAAGUAUCUGGACACAGUGAAACAACUUUUAUAGAAACUUUUAAAUGCCAUGAUAAAAUUAAUUGCACUGCCAUUCAUUAUCAAGUUAGAGGAAUGUCUUCGACAAAAAAAUGUACAGAAAUUGAAUGUAGAACUCCAGAACAUAUUCGUUACUUGAUGAGACUUGAAAAUUAUUUGUGUUCUGGUAUGUCAAAUAUUUCACCGAAAUUUUUCAUGUUUGUAAUUUUAAUUUUUUUCAUAAUAAAAUAACUCAACAUAG